AUGGGGUGCUGGGCCUGGGUCGCCAGCCCCUGCCCCCCGCCCAGGCCAGCCCUGCUGUUGCUGCUGCUGCUGCUGCUGCCUCGCGGGGUGCAGCCCCAGGCUGCCAGGAGCCAAGGGGAGCCCCCAGGACACAACGCCACAGUGACUCCUGUGACCCCUGUGACCCCCAGCACUGCAGCCGUGGGAGCAUCCCAGACAGAGGGGCCCCCUGGUGGAGGGCUCACCCCCCUGCCCCGGGGAGCCCCCUCCAACGGCCCUGGGGGCACAGUGCUCACCGAGGCCGGGCAGCCCUGCAGGUUCCCAUUCCGCUACGGCGGCCGCAUGCUGCACUCUUGCACUGCAGAGGGAAGCGCCCACAGGAAGUGGUGUGCCACGACUCACAACUACGACCGGGACAGGGCCUGGGGCUACUGUGUGCAGGACCCCGCUCCCCAGGGGGGCCCAGCCCCCCGGGACCCCUGUGCCUCUGGCCCCUGCCUCCACGGAGGCUCAUGCUCCAGCACACAGGACCCCGAGUCACACCACUGCACCUGCCCUGAGGCCUACACCGGCCAGGACUGCGGCACAGCAAAGUGCUUUGAUGAGAGCCGCUACGAGUACCUGGAGCCGGGCGAUCGUUGGGCCCGCGUGCACCAGGGCCGCGUGGAACAGUGCGAGUGCGCAGGGGGCCAGGUCCUCUGUGAGGGGACCCGCCACACAGCUUGUCUGAGCAGCCCCUGCCUGAACGGCGGCUCCUGCCACCUGAUCGUGGCCACCGGGACCACCGUCUGCGCCUGCCCCCCAGGCUAUGCCGGGCGGCUCUGCAACAUUGUGCCUGCCCAGCGCUGCUUCGUGGGGACCGGCACCGAGUACCGAGGCGUGGCCAGCACGGCGGCCUCAGGCCUCGGAUGCCUGCCCUGGAACUCCGACCUGCUCUACCAGGAGCUGCACGUGGACUCCGUGGGUGCCGCGGCCCUCCUGGGCCUGGGCCCCCAUGCCUACUGCCGGAACCCAGACAAGGACGAGAGGCCCUGGUGCUACGUGGUGAAGGACAGCGCCCUCUCCUGGGAGUACUGCCGCCUGGCGGCCUGCGAAUCCCUUGCCAGGAUUCAGCCCCCGCCCACCGAGGCCCUGCUGACCCUGCCUGGGCCCGAAGCCGCUGGACCAGCUGGACGCCAGACCUGCGGCAAGAGGCACAAGAAGAGGACCUUCCUGCGGCCCCGCAUUAUCGGCGGCUCCUCCUCGCUGCCCGGCUCCCAUCCCUGGCUGGCCGCCAUCUACAUCGGGAACAACUUCUGUGCGGGGAGCCUCGUCCACACCUGCUGGGUGGUGUCUGCCGCCCACUGCUUCUCUAACAGCCCCCCCAGGGAGAGCGUCUCCGUGGUUUUGGGCCAGCACUUCUUCAACCGCACGACGGACGUGACACAGACAUUUGGCAUCGAGAAGUACAUCCCGUACCCUCUGUACUCGGUGUUCAACCCCAGUGACCACGACCUCGUCCUGAUCCGGCUGGAGAAAAAAGGGGAGCGCUGCGCCGUCCGCUCCCAGUUCGUCCAGCCCAUCUGCCUGCCCGAGCCCAGCAGCCCCUUCCCCGCAGGACACAAGUGCCAGAUAGCGGGCUGGGGCCACCAGGAUGAGAAUGUGAGCGGCUACUCUCCCUCGCUUCGGGAGGCACUGGUCCCCUUGGUCGCGGACCACAAGUGCAGCAGCCCUGAGGUGUAUGGGGCCGACAUCAGCCCCAACAUGCUGUGUGCCGGCUACUUCGACUGCAGGUCGGACGCCUGCCAGGGGGACUCCGGCGGACCACUGGCCUGCGAGAAGAACGGCGUGGCCUACCUGUACGGCAUCAUCAGCUGGGGCGAUGGCUGCGGGAGGCUCAACAAGCCUGGCGUCUACACCCGCGUGGCCAACUACGUGGACUGGAUCAACGACCGGAUUCGCCCCCACAAGCGACCUGCGAGCCCCUCCUGA